AUGGACAAAGAUACGUUUCUUGCUCUUUGUGAGGAGUUGAAACAAAAUGGAGGGUUAAAGUCCACUACGAGAGUCACAGUUGAAGAAAAAGUUGCCAUAUUCCUCAAGACUAUAGGUCACGCUAAUGACUUUCGCGAUAUUGCCGAAAGGUUUCAACAUUCUACAACCACCAUCUCAAAGUACUUUGACAAAGUAUUGAAAGUUGUGGUCAAGCUUGCAAACAAGAUUAUUGUUCCACCAAAUUUCGAUAACGUCCCUGACAAAAUUGUUGGUUCUAGACAUGAUCCAUAUUUCAAGGAUUGCAUUGGAGCUAUAGAUGGAGUGCAUAUUGAUGCAUCUGUUCCUACUGCUGAACAAAUUCCAUAUCGAGGACGCAAGGCGACAACAAAUCAAACUGUGGUGUGUGUAUGCUCCUUUGAUAUGCUUUUUACUUUUGUGGUGGCUGGAUGGGAAGGCACGACAAAUGAUGCUAGAAUUCUCAGUGAAACAGUUUCAAAUCCAGAUAACAAGUUCCCGAUGCCACCACGAGGUACUUAUUAUUGUUUGUACAUAAAUAAAUCUCAUGUAAUUAUAUACUAA